UGCACUCGAUAUAAGGGACUCGUUUGGGCAUCAAAAAGGCACUCACGUCAUAUCGAAUUCCCCUAUAUCAAGGGCAGACUUUAUCUUGAAACAUUACUUAAUGCUUUGAUCAACAACGCGGGCGUUUGUGUGAUGGGAGAGUUUGAUUGGUUGUCGUGGGAUCAGAUCCAGAGGCAGAUUGACAUCAAUUUAUUGGGAACUAUGCGAGUGACCAAAACACUGUUGCCAUUAAUUAUCCAAAGCAAAGGUAGAGUAAUAAACGUGAGUUCAGUGAAUGGGAACUGUGCCUAUCCGGGCAUUAGUGUCUAUUGUGCCACGAAGUACGCCAUCGAAGGCCUGUCCGACGCGUUGCGGUUAGAGUUGUGCAAAUUUGGUGUGAAAGUGAUCGUGGUCAAACCAGGAGACUAUGCUAAGCUCACGAAUCUCAUGGCCGGCCAUUCGGCAAACGCCGACCAAAUGUGGCGUUUAAUGGACGACCAGAAGCGUCAACUCUAUGGCCAAUACUUUCACGACUAUCACCAAAGCGUUGAGCUUAAUAGCGGUCUAACGAGUCCCGUGUCGUAUACGGCGUCCACUUUGUGUCAAGACUUUGAGGAAGCGGUUCUGGCGGUGGACCCGCGCCCGUACAUCACCAGCGCGUCACUACUGUUUCGUGUGUUCUUCAUCCUAAUGUAUUUCACACCAAUCGCUUUCAAGGAUAGACUGUUUGCGUGUAUUGUCUCUAAAAUGCAAACUCCAAAAGUGAUCCCAAAACGUUUAGAUGCUUUGAUCAACAACGCGGGCGUUUGUGUGAUGGGAGAGUUUGAUUGGUUGUCGUGGGAUCAGAUCCAGAGGCAGAUUGACAUCAAUUUAUUGGGAACUAUGCGAGUGACCAAAACACUGUUGCCAUUAAUUAUCCAAAGCAAA